CAAAAUUCUCAAAUUAUUUUCUUACAGAGGAACAUGGCUUCAGUUUCCCACUAUUUCCUGCUAGUUCUGGCCUUUUUGGAUUUACAUGCAUUUCAGCUACCCUGUCCACCAGGAUGUACCUGCUCAGAGGAGAAUUUUGGCAGGACUCUGCAGUGCAUGUCUAUCUCUUUGAGAAAGAUCCCAGGGAAACUUCCUGAAGAAUUCAAGCAAGUAAGAAUUGAACGUUCAUCCUUAUUUGAGCUGCCCAGAGGAUCUUUUGUUAACAUGAGCACAGUGGAAUACCUUUGGCUCAAUUUUAAUGAUGUCACUGUGAUCCACCUAGGAGCCCUGGAGCACUUGUCAGAACUGAAAGAGCUGAGACUGGAAGGGAACAAACUUCGUUCAGUACCCUGGACAGCAUUCCGUGCCACCCCUCUCCUGAGAGUCUUGGAUCUCAAACACAACAGGAUUGAUGUACUCCCUGAGCUGGCUCUUCAGUUCUUGGUCAAUCUGACCUACCUUGAUCUGUCUUCCAAUAGGCUUACAGUUGUAUCCAAGAGUGUCUUCAUGAACUGGCCAGCCUACCAGAAACACCAGCAGCCUGACUGUGGGGCCAAGAUUCUCUCUAGCAUGGUGCUGGCAUUGCACAAUAACCCUUGGCUAUGUGACUGUCGCCUAAGGGGACUCUUCCAGUUUGUAAAAUCCACCAGCCUCCCAGUCAUCCUGGUGAAUCCCUAUCUGAUGUGCCAAGGUCCUCUCUCCAAGGCAGGGCAGUUUUUUCAUGAAACUGAGCUCAGUGCUUGCGUGAAGCCCCAGAUCUCAACCCCCAGUGCCAAUGUCACCAUCCAGGUGGGACAGAAUGUAACCCUGAAAUGCUUGGCACAGGCCAGCCCUUCACCAACCAUUAUAUGGAUGUAUCCCCUGAGCAUGUGGAGGGAAUUUGAUGUGUUGACCUCAUCCACUGCAGAAGAUGCUGUUCUGUCAGAGCUGGUCAUACCUGCAGCCCACCUAGUAGACAGGGGCAAUUACACCUGUGUGGCUUCUAAUUCCAUCGGCAAGAGCACUGUUGUCAUCUCCCUCCAUGUCCAGCCUCUUCUGGUUCUGCCUGCAUCCCAUUCUCUUUCCAUCCCCUCACAGGGUAAUGUCUACAUCAACCUGCGGGUCAUCAAGCAAACCAUGCGUGGGGUCCUGCUGGAGUGGUUUACAGUGGGCAAGACCUCUGAAGAGAAGUGGGCCACCCUCUAUGUUGCCUCAGAUGUAUCCCUCAGGAAGGAGGUGGUUUACAUCGGGCCUGGAAUCAACACAUAUGUUAUGGAUGACCUCCUCCCGGGCACAAAAUACAAGGCAUGUGUCAGCCUCGGGGACCAGCCACUUCACCAGGGCCAGUGUGUGGUCUUUGUGACAGGCCGGGACUACAGUGGGUUGGACGAACGGGAGCGCUUACUGCACAUCACGGUGGUCCUGUGCGCUGUACUGCUGGCUGUGCCUGUAGGUGCCUAUGUCUGGGCAGCCCAGGUCCCCUGCAACUGCAGGAAUUGGGGCUUUCUCUGUUGUCCUCGUCAUAGGAAAGCCCCCAGGUGCCCACAGGCAGCCCCACAGCACAGAGAUCUCACAGUGGUGUGUGAGGACAGCCUGGGACACAGGGACACUGAAGGACGGUGAGGGAAAAGGAGGACAGGGAGAUAAUGGCUGAAAAGCCUGGGCUAGAUCUAGAGAAGUGUGGACCUCCAGCCCCUAAAUUGACCUGUGGCAGCUCAGCUGGGUUUGAUCUAUUUAUUCAACAAGUAUUUAUUGAGCAACCAUUGUGUUCUUGGCACUGAACUUGCUUGACACAGUGAACAGUUCUUAUUUUCAUGGAGCUGAUGCCAGUGGAGCUUUAUUCUGUCUAUUAAUCAUUUUUAUUAUUCACAAUGUCUGAAAAUUAAUAAAUAUUUCUAUUUCCACAUAUAUAGUUCUAUAACAUUUACAUGUUUAUAUGUAACAUUCACAUAUACUAUUUCACAUGUGUUAUCCUAUUAAAGAAAAAUAGAAUUGGACCCCUUUGUACAGGUGAAGAGAUGAGGCCCAGAAAAUUACAUUACGCAUCUAGCAGGUGGUAGAGGCCGUGCUCCAAAGAAGUUCUAAUUCUAUUGUUUCCUCUAAACGUCUGCUUUGCAGUAUUCUUGUUCUCCUAUUGUUCAGAAAGUGUUAUUCUCCCUCUUAAUGGCAACUCCCAAUGACAUUGUAUAAGUUUCAAAAAACUGUCCUUUGAGUGGUAAGAGCCUGGUGGGUGAAGCACAUAUGAUUGUGGGUGUCCAUGUCCCCAAGGGCAAUCUUUGGUGCUCCAGAGAGCCUGGUGCCAUUAGCACUGAGCAAUGGCUGCAGCCCAGGGCUCCAGAGUAUUGGCUGCAGCCCAGGGCUCAGGCUCCGGAAAAUGUUGGAAUGCAGGCUCAUGAGGAAUGGAGGGAUCUCCAUGAAUCCAAGAGACAGUUCACCAUCCCUUUGGGAAGCCAAGCUGGUAAAGACCAGAAUUUAAACUCACAUCUCUCUCCCCACAGCUUCUCCCAUUGGUCACAAAAAAACACCCUGGUGGCUGUAAGCAUACGCUGACCUCUUUGUAACAUCCCCACAAAUGUUUCUCCCUCCUUCCCACCUUUUCUUACCAAUUCAUUCUCAUCUUUCUAGGUCUAUCUCAAGGAUCAUGUGCCCCACUAACCUUCCUUGAUUCACACCUCCAAUAAAAAUAAAUAGAAUCGAACAGGAUAUGCAAUGGUUUCAUUGGUUGCAAGCCCUCAGGGGCACAGACCAAUCUUCUUGCUGAGGCUACUGGGCUCAUCCAACACCUGGACUGUGUUGAAAAAUCAGUGUUGAUUAUAACUAAUUUUUAAAAAUUAAAAGACUGCUCUCAUAUUCAGA